CAGACGAAGAGGUAGAGCCCAUGGCAGGAAAGGGAAAGACUUUAAAGGAGCUGAUGUCCUCCUGAGGGAAAGGUCAGUCAUCAAAGGUUCAGUCAUCGAAGGGACCAAGUCCUUCAAAGGUUAAAACCCUUCCCCCUGUGGUCCCCCAGGGCGUCUCAGACCCUGGUCUCAAGGUUAAUCCGGACCUGAAGAAGAAGAGGCCGGUUGACACUACUGAGGAAGGUGAGGUGAUUGCCCAGCCGACCAAGCAGCAAAAGACCACGCGGGCGCCAAGGAGUAGAAGGGGUAACUCCUCGGAGAGCCGGGACGAGGAGAAUGUUGCUGAAGUGCGUGCCUCUCCUCGUACAUGGAACCCCAAGCUGGAGCUGGAUGGGGUUGCCAUCUCCUACAAUGCUUCGGUCCGAGAGUAUAAUCGAGGCCGGGCAGGGUAUGUGGCGGAUGCCUUAGAGCAGCCCUUACUCCUUCCUCGGGACAUGGAGGCCUAUAGGCGAUUCUCUCAGCCCGAGCUCUUCCUAUCCCUAAAAAGGGAUCUCGCGUUGAUUACUCAGCAGGUGUUCGUGGCUGAUGAGUUCUGCCGCGAUAGCCGUAGUCGGGUUGAGGCUGAGACCCAGGCUCGGGCGGAGAUGGAGAAAGCCUUGGGAUCCCUCAAGCACGAGCACCUCAAACUCACGGACGAUUUCAAGGUGUCGGAGAACCGGCGCAAAAGUGCAGAGGCUGGUUUAAAGAGUGCUGAGGCCCAGGCGGAGGACCAGCGCAAAGAUCUGUACACGACGCAGCUUAACCUUGUCACCGAGAGGCAAGCAGUGCAGGAUCUCAAGCUUGCCCUGCAGAAAGUAGAGGAUGAGCUGAGGCGGGUAAAGGAGGAGGCCCAGCUGAUCCGAGAGGCUACAGAGGCCGAGAAGAAUGCUGCUCGCCAGCUCGGGGCUGAAGAGACGGAGGUCAGGUUGUCUGAGGAGAUUCCCGAGGUAUGCAGGGAGUACUGCGGCAUUUCAUGGGCGCAUGCUCUCGACGCUGCAGGAGUUCCUGCGGAUUCGGAACUAAGACUGCCCGAGAGCAUCUUCUAUCCUCGGGAGAUCCGUGCGAAUCCUGAAGACGCUCAAGUGGCUUUAGAGCAGGAACUGGCGGUGCCUGAUGCCGUCCUUGUGCCUGAUAUGGCGGAGGAUCCCGCCGCAGACUCUACCAUCGAGGUUCCUCCUUCUCAGCCCGAGCAGAAAGAAGAUCCUCCUGCUCAAGCCUAGCCUUUUAGGCUUUCAAUCCCUGUAAAUAGUUUUUAUUUUUUAUUUUAUUUUAUUUUAUAUAUAUUUUUUUUAAAUGAGAGUUAUCCUACUUUUCCCUUUUUUGUAAGGACCUCUCUUUCUAAUGUACUCGGAAUAUUAAUAUAAAAUGUUCGUUUUGCUUACUA